UCUGCACAAAUCCCACACUUGCGCUCUGAGCGGCCGGCAGAGCGCACCAUGUGCCACGAGAAGCGCGCUUUCAGGCGACGCGCUUGAACGUGGAUUGGUACGGAGCUGAGAGAGAGAGAGAGACUGGCUUCUUUCUGUUUUUUCUUCGCUUUCAUAUAAAUAUGUCUCAUUCGGAGAAAAGUAGAAAUUUGGACUUUUUCUUUAAAUGAACGCUGCCCGUUGAGGUGAAAGCAAACAAGGGUUAAAAUGAACGAAGGACUUGAAAACAACUUGACUCAACUGAAUGACAACUGGACGUUUUACAACUCCUCCCUGGAGUCUGUCAUACCCAGGAGCAACAUCACUUAUGUUGGAUUUUACCUGCAUCAGCCAUCCACGGCAGCCAUCUUCAUCGUGUCCUACCUGCUGAUUUUCCUCGUGUGCAUGGUGGGAAAUGGAGUGGUGUGCUUCAUCGUGCUGAGGAGCAAAAAUAUGCGGACUGUUACCAACUUGUUCAUCCUAAACCUCGCCGUGAGUGACCUGCUGGUGGGGAUUUUCUGCAUGCCAACAACGCUUCUUGACAACAUAAUUACAGGAUGGCCUUUCGGAAGCUUGGUCUGCAAAAUGAGCGGCAUGGUUCAAGGCAUCUCUGUGUCAGCUUCUGUCUUCACGCUCGUCGCUAUUGCUGUUGACAGGUUCAGAUGCAUCGUCUACCCAUUCAAACAAAAGCUGACCAUCUCCACAGCCACGCUGAUAAUAGUCAUCAUCUGGGUUCUGGCCGUAUCCAUCAUGUGUCCCUCUGGCGUGAUGCUACAAGUGACCAAGGAGCAAACCAUCCGGGUGUUGCUGGGAUAUGAUAACAAAACUAUUCCUUUUUAUUGGUGCAGAGAGAACUGGCCAAACCAGGACAUGAGAAAGAUUUACACCACAGUCCUGUUUGCCAACAUCUAUCUUGCCCCUCUUUCCCUCAUUGUGAUCAUGUACGCCCGGAUUGGGAUUACGCUUUUCAAAACAGCAGUUCCAACGGGAGGAAAGCCGGGCCACGAGAACCGCCACACGGUGUCCAAGAAAAAGCAACGCGUCAUUAAAAUGCUUCUCAUAGUUGCUUUGCUCUUCAUCCUGUCCUGGCUGCCUCUGUGGACGCUCAUGAUGUUGAGCGACUACGCCAGGCUGACUGAGCAGCAGUACAGGAUCAUCAACAUUUACAUCUACCCCUUUGCCCACUGGCUGGCCUUCUUCAACAGCAGCGUCAACCCCAUCAUCUACGGUUUCUUCAAUGAGAAUUUCCGCAGAGGCUUUCAAGCCGUGUUCAAGUUCAGCCUGUGCACAGCCGACGGCCAGCGGAGGAAAACCUACUCGCACAGGCUGCAGGGAAACUCUGUCCUCCCUGCGAAUAAUGCACAGACCUGCCUGGAACCCAUCUCUCUCAACAGCUUGGAAAAGAACACGUCCAGGCGAGUCAACCAUGUCACCGAGCAGGAUUUGGUCAUGGAGGACCUGGAAAAGGCAUCUUGCAGUAGUGGGGGUGUGACUGCAGUGUCUAUUUGAGGACGCACACACACACUUUGUUGUAGGCGGUGAGGAAAGAUAUUUGAAUCUUAAAUCAUGCUGUGCUGUGCCUAAGAAAACCACGAGGCUCCCUUAAAUAGAUUUUACAAGCGGAUGGUGAGCUGGAAAAUGUCCAAGAUUUCAAUACAAUACAAGAUUUCAAGGCAAGAAAAUAAAUAAAAAUAAUAAAUACACAUCUUUAAGUGACUAGUUUUAAGGGGAACACAGCCUUUGGUUGUAAUCUUAUCACUUCAGAUGCACACGAUGUGACACACGUGCAAGGACAGGACUUAAUAUUCCUGCUGUCCGUUGCAGAAUGGUCAAUUCGACUUGUCGAUAUUGCUUUGAUAACAGGCUGCUGCACACUUGACAUACAGAUGGUGUCAAAUUAAAGGGGAAAAAAGAGCAGCCAACAACACCAUGUAAGAUUUCAGCUCCAAAACUGUGACGGAGGGAUGAGCGCCAUCCUUUCAAAAUGCAUUUCUAGUCUUUUAAUGAUUCAUAACUUUUUAAGGAGCCCCUGUCAAACUUGAAGAAACUGCCCUGAUCACGACAGAAACGUUUCAUUAUAGGAGACAAAAACAGACGUACAGAUGUGAUAAAUGUCCCCGAAAGCAUAAAAGAGCCCCCAGAUCCCUUCACAGUAAUGCUCAAGUGUUCCUUUAAUCUUUAAUCUGCACCACAUAAAAUUUCUGUGUAUAAAUGUAUAAAGAUGCAUCAAACAUGACAGCAUGACACUUGCAGAGAAGAUUUCAAGAUAUGUCUUUGCAAUGUGGCAAACUACACGAACAGAAGUUCUCCCAACAUCUGUCUCGUGUUAUUCACUGCUGCUGCUGCUGAAACCUUCGGCAACUUUCAGAUCACGAGGAGAAAUCCCACGUUGUGUGGUUUGUGUCGCCUAAUGUUUGAACUGCUUUAUUAAGUCAAACAACAUACACGAGAUAUAAAAGUCAAAGGGCUCAAAUGAGGAAUAAAGGAGUUGAGAAAAGAAGUGGAGGUUGAUGUAGCAACUAUUAGUCAUCACGAUCUUUUAUAUUCACAGAUGCAUUAAUACAUGAGAACAGUUCUUUUUUAAAGCGAGGCAUGUUUUUAUGCUCUGCUAUCACAGCCACAGCAUGUCACACUCACUUCAGAGAUCAACUAACAAGUAAUUUCAGUAAAUAUGAAAUCUUUUUCUAUGAUUUUUAUGCCAUUAAUCUAGAGGCUGUUUUGUAACCCAGUUUGUAAAAAUGGUGCAGAAAGGUGACAUCUUUACACUAAGAAAGGCAAGUUUGUGUGAAUCAACUCAAAGGAGGAGAAGUAGUAGACUGUAAAGCAGGAGCAAUCAGCCUUUAAAUAGCCUCAGAGGUGAUUGCUGACUGGAGUCAGGUGGCAAACGAGGCUAAUCAAAAGCAGCUGUGUCCUGGGGAGAGAGGAGAGUGAGAGAGACAGAGGGGGUAGGAGUGGCAAGAGAGGAGGAGGCGGGGAGAGCGGGCAAACACCCCACCCACACACUCCCACAGCCUCACAGGAUGUAACAGUUAUGAAAGUAGCCAUAAUUAAGCAGUUUUUGAUCUAACAUGCAUAUGGAGACACGAACGGUCUUUAGGCGUAGCUACGGAUGGUUGUCUUUCUGUGUCAGCCCUGCAAUCAACCUGUCUCCAUGACAGUCGGAUAAGCAGCUAAGAGAAUGGAUGGCCUUCUUUGAAACAGAGUAACUCCAAAACCACAAAGACAGAGAAAACCCUGUUUGUGCAAAAGUGAUAAUUAAAGGUUGUAAAACUUUAAAAAGGAAGGUUUCCACUUGAUUUUGAUUAAAGUCCAGCAGCAGAGCAAACACACCAGUAGUUAGGAGAGUUUGCUGCGAGUUCUGAUAUUCACCAAGAUUUUUCUCAGAGACACUGGAGAUGGACAAAGAGGCUUAGGUUUGAGAGCCCUGCUAUAGAGACUGAAUUAAAAAUGAUAAGCAUGUACUUUGCUUAUGAUAACUAAAAUAAGGUCACAUAAUAAAUGUGCUAAUGACCUGUUGACAUUAAAACAUUAGAAUCAUUAUUUGUGAAGAUGUUGCUUUGAACUGAAGACAGUUUGUGUCUUUUUAUUGACAGAAAGACAUUAAGCAGGAAAGAUGAUACUUGCCAACAGAUAUUCUGCAGGUGACACAUUUACUGGGUUUUUUUAUUCGGGCAUAAAGCCCUAUAGAUGGCAAAGAGAUGAAAGCUAUGAUUAUCCAUUUACAAAAUUUUCAUUCAGGAUUUUACCCUAAAAUCUGCUCUGUAAACAUCCACACAUCAACGUGCAAUUAUGCACAUUAUUUAUACAGAAACCUUCAAUGAGCCCUUUAUGAAUGUGCCGUGUAAACACAUCAAAUCUUUUCCUGUCAUUUUAUUUUUUUAAAUCUCUCUGAACCCUGUUGUGCUGUUGUCACACUGUAAAUAUGAUCCAAUGAAUGACUUCAGUCGCUUUUUGUACUAAAUGUCCUUUUUCAAGCAAUUUUGAAAAUAUUCAUAGAAAAGAUUAUAAAUCACAGAAAAAGUAAAGCUGUAAUCGACAAAAACAUCAUGAUUUUACAUUAUUUACAUUAUAAACUCUGGCAGCUGUGAGAUCUAAACUAGAACAACUUCAAGGGGUACCUCGGUAAAUACACAACACAUUCAGAUUGCCAACACUUUAAUGCUUUGGUCUUGUUGACAUCUUUAUAUGUGUCGAUUUAUACAAAGGUUAAAAUUUAACAUUGCUUUAUGUAGUUUACCCUUUCAGUAAGCAACAUAUCUCGUGUUUGCAUCUCUCUCCUGCUACAAAACCCCUCAAGUAAGCCUGAACAGUGCAGCAAAGGCUAACCAGGCCAGACAUCACUAAAUAAAAUCACCCAGAAACUCGACUGAUUUUAGUCGCUGCUUUUGGCAAAACCACCGCGGGCAAAUAGUUACUGCAAAUAGCAUCAGAGCAACUUCAAAUCAGGCUGUAAUGAGUUUGCGUACAGUUGGAGUUUACAAUGAUUUGCAGUCAGUGAUCCAUUUUGGAAACACUGUCAGCGUUCUCUAACGAUGAAUGCCUGCAGUGAAAUGUGCAGGACAGCUGCUUUUAGGGACAAGGCAGUCACCCAAGAAGUCAUGAACCCGCUAAGCCCAAUCACUAAUAUAGCUCAGUGCAGCUGAAUCACGUAUGCUUGCUGAGACUGCAAGAAAAAAAAAAUUCUACAUCCCGAAAUGAAAAGAAUACCACUACAUCCAGGAUAAGGCAUGUGGUGUCAGUUAAGGUAGGCAUUAUUUACCUCUCAGAUAAACAUGUUCACAGUCCAAUAAUUUCCACGUUUUAGAUGCUAAUUUCAUGCAGAUUUCUACUGCUGAGUCUUUACAGCACAGAUAUAUACGCACUGAUAAAAUGCCAUGUAAUGUGAUACAAUUCAGUUUUAAAGUUGAGCUCUACAACCUAAAAUUUCUUCAUAUCGCUCCAACCUUUAGCUUUAGUGUGAAUAUGUCAUGUUUUAAAAAAUCAAAACAUCAGAUUAUUGCAAAAUCAGCAGAAGCCUUUCAGCACAGCAGGUUGUAGCUCUUUGCCUGCUGUGAGUAAGUGCACAGUGAUCACUGCCGUCCCAGAGGGAAAUAAAUGGAUCCACUAAUGCUAAAAAACUCUGACACUUCUCACAGGCAGGCAAACUUACGCUUGACAAGUUGUCCACAUCAACCAGUUCAGUAAAUGGAUAUCCACGUGCACGUCGAAACUAACUGAACUUACAAGACAAACACAUUUAGCCUGAAAGUGGCUGCUUCCCUGCAGUUGACCGGUGCGCGGUCUCAGCAUGAUGAAUGAAUGAAUGAAUGAAUGCAAGGCUCAGAGGUGACAUCCAUCCGACACUUUUUUUGUGUGCACUGGGCACAAUGUACUGGACUCGAUGUCAUCAAUUAUUGCUAUAUGAGAGUCAUUGUCCCAAAAAAUUAGGUUUUCGACGAUUAGAUGAAGACCAAGUCUCUGUCUUGUUUAGAAAUAUCAAAAACAAACUGCCAUCUUUACACUGUUUUAUUAUGGUGCCAGACAUGGUUUCCAGGCAUUUUAUAACUCCCGCUAACCUUUACACUGCAGUCACACCCUUGGUCUUUGUGGUCAUAAUGUAUUCUGUCAUUUAAUGUAACUGCUAACAACAUAACCGCUGACCUCGACAUGUCUGCUGAAGAGGGUGCAUGUCUCCCUUUAGACCCUGAUUUGACCCCAAACAGCCUGCUCACUUCUUCACUUCAUACUGCUACUCAAAUUCAACUUUGUGCCAUAUUGAUUAUACAUGCCGAAAGAAUUCAUAAUUCACUGUAGAGAGGAAAAAAAUGCAGCGUGAAUGUGGGCAAAGAAACAUAUACUCAGCAUAGCGGAGUGUUUUUUAAGUUAGAGCAUUGGGUGCCACUGGUCCUUUAAUCAAAUCAGUACUUCAAAUAUGAAUUCUCAUGAAAUAAUAAUAAAAUUUGCAUGAGUCUUGAGCCACCACUCAUUUCUUCAUAUUUAGCUGGGAAACCAGUGCAGGGAUUUAUGGACAGCAUAAACUGAAAUACAGUGUAUAAGACAAGCUUUAUUCAUUCUUGUUAUUUCUUUAAGUAGUCUUCAGGAAUAGUUCUCCAGGCUCCCGCAAGGACAUUCAAAGCUCUUCUCUGAAUGCCUUUUAUUCCGGUGUCCGUCAAGACGUUCCCAGUCUGCUUUAAUAUAUUGUUCCAGUGUGCGUUUUUCUAUCCUGGUAUGCUUUUACUGCAUAGGCACUGUGUUUGGGAUCACUGUCAUGCUGAAAAAUGUAGCGAUUGCUAAUCCACGUGCUUUUCAGAUGGUGGUUCAAUUUUCCGUGCUCGUAAUUCAUCAAUUCUGAGAAGAUCUCCAACAUCACUGCUUGAAAUGCAGCCUCAACCAUGGCAGCGCUCCUAAACCAUCACAGUUAUACCGUUUAGGUUUAGGUUCAUCGCACCAUCAGACCUGUUGCCACUGAUUUGUGUGUAAUUUCUCUAACCUCAGCCUUUUCCCACCGUUUCCCCUCAAAAAUGGCUUCCUGGCAGCCAACGUGUCCACUGAGACCAUUUGUGAUGAGACUAGUGAGCAGUAUAUGGAUGGAGGGCCAGAUGGAUCUCAAGUCCUGAAGAGACGCAUCUCUUUCUAAGGACCUGACUUUUAGAUACUGUUCAGCUGCUGCAGAUAUUUCAUCCCUCGAUUAAAGUGCAGUUUUUACACUUAACACUGACCUAUGAGUCAUUCAAGUGUCUUAACAAAGCAACAAAAGCAUUGCUCUAAAAUAAUCAGAGGAUUGAAAUGAGUGAAAAAGCAGUCAAUGUCCAAAGAAAAACUUUGAAAGACUUUCAGAAAGCCUGGAGAAGGUUUGCUUUAAAAGAAUGAGAAGAAAAUCUGGCUUCUUGGAAGCAAAAAUAAAGAACUGAAGAGUGGCUCAAGAGCGCUUAAAAUGUAAGUUAAGACUGGGUAAUCUGGGUACUUACGAGAUCUAAACUUGGAUCCAAAGUGCAUGUAGCAAAUCCAGCCUCUCUUAUCCAAGCAAGCCACAGCAUGGAUACAUCACAGCCACAACAAGGUUGUUUUUUUUAAAUAUUAAUGCUAAUAUAAUGAACAAGUUUCGCUACAGCGUCCAAAUUACACAUUUUAUAGCAUCAUUCCUGGUUUAACUUCUUAAAAAGAAAAAAUAAAUACCUGCAGAAAAAUAAACACUGUAAAUAUUAAAUGAACAAAACCAAGAUCCAGAUGGUGCAUUUGAUAAUUAAUACCAAGACAUCAGACAAUACUCACAUAUUUUUGUUUUUCAGCUUCAAAGUACUAGUUGUACCAUUAGUUAAGCCAAAAAUAGACAUUGGUUCCACAUUUUGGUGCGUUUCUCAUUUUGUUAUGUAGCCGUUACACUUUUCUCUGAUUCAAGCAGUGAGCUGUUUUGAUUUUACUGCCAAAGACGUCAACAAUAACUUAAACACGACAACACUGCUGAGGUACACAACACUCCAGCAAACACAUUUAGCACAAACAUGUGUGAAGGUCCAGUUUUGAAUGUAAUGAAUUUGUACUUUUUGGUGCCUGUGGUGAAAAAAAUAAUCACGUUGCAAUGAAUUACUGUGAAAUACUUUUUGCGAUCUCUUGGUACCUUUGUGUAGCUUGCAUGUGACUAUUUUGUGUAGUAGCAUGUGUGUUCUUUUGUGUUUGUGUUCGUAAAUAUUGUUUAUUUAAUGGGACACAAAUGUGGACUUUUUUAAUAGAAUGGAGAUUGUAGGUUUUUACUGAAGGCGAGGAAGCGAACGGUGUCCUAUUUUAAAUUGUGAAGGGCUAUUCAUCAGAUUAUCUAUUACCUCUGUGAUUGUCAGCACAAAGUUUAGGCAAGGUUUAUAAUCAAGUUUCUAAUGAAAUGUCUUAAUGCCUCUAAUUCAUGCCAAUAGUGGUAAAAUAACAAUUUCUUGACACGUUUGUUAUAUAUUAGGGAGACCAGAAGUUUAAUGACCAGAUUUAAACAGAUGUGCCUCUGAAAAAGCCUGAUGACAUUAAAACAGACAGACCUGCGACAAAUCUUAGACACUUUAUUGGCUACACCUGUUCAGCUUAUUAACAGAGAUUUCUAAGCAUCCAGGUGUGCAGACAUGUUCGGUGUGACCAACUGAAGGUUGUUGGUGCCAGAUGGGCUGGUCUUUUUCACCCCCCCGGAUUUUCCCCACAAACCAUUUCUAUGGUUUACAGAGAACCUGGAAGCAGAAGGGCUACAGAAACAGAAGACCAGAGCCACUUCUGUCAGCUGAGAACAGGAAACCCAGGCUACAAACUCACCAAUAUUGGCUGACUGAGCCAUCCAUCUGCUUCUCCGGGGUAGCAGCCUAAGCAGAGAACCCCAGACCUCUCUCUCCCUGCCCACCUUGUCCGGCGGAACACCAAGGCUUUCCCAGGCCAGCCUUGGGGGGUCUGCCCCAGGGACUCCUCCAGGUGGGACAUGUCCAGAACACCUCACCCACGAGGUGCCCAGGAGGCAUCCUUAUCAGACCUGAUCCACCUCAACUGGCUCCUUUCGAGAUACUUAAAGUCCUCCACUUGGAGCUUGAACUCAUCCCUGACCCAGAGUGGGCACUCCACCCUUUUCCGGCUGAGAACCAUGGCCUCAGAUUUGGAGGUGCUGAUUCUCAUUUCCACCGCUUCACACUCGACCAUGAACCGUUCCAGUGCGAGCUGAAAGCCAUCACCCGAUGAAGCCAACAGAACCACAUCAUCUGCGAAAAGCAGAGAUGAGAUUCUGAGGCCACCGAAGUGAAAGCCCUCUGACACUUGGCUGCACCUUGAGUACAACAGAAUUGGUGACAAAGACCAGCCCUGCCAGAGUCCAUCACCCACUGGGAAAGAGUCCGACUCGGAUUCAUAAUAUUAAGAUGGAAAGGAUAUUUCCUUGGUCCACUUUGGGGCCAUUAUCACCAGCUGACCUUUGUUUAAACACCUCAUGCCGACCUGUGGCAAAAUGAGGUUCAGCCUAGUACUCCACGGUGUAUCUAAUAAAGUGGCCUAGUGACAUCAUUUACAAAAGAAAAAAAAAAAAAAAGGGGGGGGGGGGCAUUUGUGACCUGGUGUGGCACACAUGGCAAUCUAACCCAUGAUGACUUAUGCACUGCCUUAUUGGAGAUAAUGAAUAAGAGAAGCAUCUUCUUACGCAGACCAGUCUGAACGUGGUCUCAAACUGGUUGCUAGUGACUUUAUGGCAGCCACUUUGUGUUCUCAUAUGAUUUGCUACCUGUGAUAUGACGUACUUGUAGCUUAAUGCUUAGCUAUGUAGACUGAGACGAACAGUCUGUGUUGUUGUUGCUGACGGGAAGGAUGGUGAGACUUCGUGAGUGCAAAGCAUAUGCUCUGAAUUCAUCCCAUCCUGAAAGGAGCUAGAUGUGUCUUCAAGGUCCGUGAACGCUGCUCCACUGUACGACGCACACGCUGUAGUACUAUUUAUUUAUAAAAACAAACACAGGAUUACUCUGGUCUAUUUUUUGAUAGUGUCUUUGAGAAAAGAUGCAUAUUUGUCCAAAAUGGUUCAUUAUUUCUCUUUUAGUCUACAAAUUUCUAUUCUCCCUUUUUUUUCCUCUAAUGUCGUCCAGCUGUCUAGUGAGAAUUAAUGUCUAUGUACAGUGAUCAAAAAUGAUCAAGUAUGUUAAAAUGACUCAUUAACAUGACCUGAAAUCUAUAGACGGUCACGACUUCUAAUUUUUCUUGUAGUUAAAUGAUUUAAAAUGAAUUCAUUUAUGUGACUGCCUUAGAAUAAUGUGUAAAUGGUGUCCAGUGAAUAUCGGAAAGCAAUUUCCCAACUAAGCUCAUUCCUGCUUUUUAAGCUAGUCUGGAAUAGUGAGUGAUUUUGGACAGAAUCUCUGUUUAAUGCUUUUCUGAUUUCUUUUUGUUCUACUUUCAAAAGCUGAUACUUGCCUUCCAUCUCUGUUUUAUAUGCUCAGUGACCAGAACAAUAGAGUCUCUGCUUAGUACCACCUUGAAGCACCACUGGCUCGAGGGGAGUUCAGAGACAAUAAGUAUUCUGGCAAUGCACAAAAGCAGAAGUACAGUUCAAAAUUAAUAUGCUCCCGAGUCUAAUGGCAAACUAAUUUCCUUGAACAUUCCUACAACUAUUCUUUGUUUAUCUUCUUAUAAUGACAGGAUAAAGUGGCUUUUCAGUGUCUACUUAGCAUUAAACUGCUUAAUGUGUUGAAACUAAGGCAGCUUUAUAUGUUCAGCACAUGCCCCAUUUUCUUAAUUUAUUAUGUGCCUCUGAUGUUUUGCUGCUUUUUGCAAAAAUUCUGCAGGGCAUGACUCAAGCUAAUCAUUUCCAUGAUUAGAUGAACCAAAGCUGUGCCAAGUGAAAGCCCUCCAUCUCCAGCGUUCAUUCCACAUUGACAGAAAACACCUUCCUUCACAGACCAGUAGUUUCAUUGUUCUGAUCACUGAGUGUAUAUUCCCUUAAGGACCCUAAUUGUGUUAGUGUUGAAUCAGUGGGGAAAAGUGGUGGUUGUGUGUAUGCUUUUUUUUUCUGUCUUUUUUUCCUCUUUAAAUCAAGUGAUAUUUCAACAUGCCCAGACCGUGUGAGGGUGUAUCUGUGUUUUUGUGAGCAACAAAACAUCCAAAUGGUCAUGAAUAAAGAUAAUAUUGUA